CGACGAUGCCCCACGACAACGACAGUCAAGUCAAUGACUAUUAUUUGCUCAAGGCGGCGAAGAGCGGAAACGUCGCUAAAGUUCAAACAUGCCUCAGCAAUGGCGCAAAUAUCAACUCGAGCGAUGAGCGAGGAAGGACGCCACUCCAUAAGGCAUCGCAAAAAGGUCACGUGACAGUUGUCGAGAUGCUGGUCGAGCGAGGCGCCGGCAUUGAUGCAACCGAAGAAGACGGAUGGACGCCGCUCCAUCUUGCGUCGCAGAAUGGCCACGUGGAUGUCGUGAAGAGACUUCUCGGGAAAGGCGCCAAUGUGCAUGCGUCGGAAGAGCUAGGAAGGACGCCACUCCACAUCGCAUCCGAUGAAGGUCACGUUACAAUUGUCGAAUUCUUGGUCGAGCGAGGCGCCGACAUUGAUGCGUCGGACCAAGACGGAUGGACGCCGCUCUUUCUUGCGUCGCGGAGUGGCCACGUGGAUGUCGUGAAGAAACUUCUCGAGAAAGACGCCAAUGUCAAUGCGUCGAAAGAGAGAGGAUGGACGCCACUCCACAUCGCAUCCGAUGAAGGUCACGUUGCAAUUGUCGAGAUGCUGGUCGAGCAAGGCGCCGACAUUGAUGCGUCGGACCAAGUUGGACGGACGCCGCUCCUUCUUGCGACGAAGAAAGGCCGCGUGGAUGUCGUAAAAAAACUUCUCGAGAAAGACGCCAAUGUGCAUGCGUCGGAAGAGAGAGGAUGGACGCCACUCCACAUCGCAUCCGUGGAACGUUACGUUACAAUUGUCGAGAUGCUGGUCGAGCAAGGCGCCGACAUGGAUGCGUCGGACGAAGAUGGACAGACGCCGCUCUUUCUUGCGUCGCAGAAUGGCCACUUGGAUGUCGUGAUGAAGCUAGUUGAGAAAGGUGCCAACGUUCAUGCGUCCAACAAGAGAGGGUGGACGCCUCUCCACACUGCGUCGCAGGAUGGCCACGUGACUAUUGUCGAGAAAUUGUUGUCAGCUGAGGCAGACUUGUGUGCAACAAACUCGGACGGAAAGACGCCUCGAGAACUUGCUGUACAUCUGAAUGACGGCUCUGUUGUCGAUGUAUUGGACCUAUGUGCACAGGAUCGUGCUUUGACCUGUUUUUGCGCUGGUGACCUCGCCAUGGCUGAGAAGUAUGCGCGUCUUGUCAUCACUAUAUUAAAGAUCGACAAGUCUGCGUUUGUGUGGAUUGGUGACAAGUUGCUCGAGCAGUGCAAGCACGAAGAAGCCGAAACAUUUGGCCUCCCACGCAAUUGCCCCGACUGUGCGGCGGUGCUAGAGAAGAUUUGCACCAUCCAAGUAGCCCAAGAGUUCUCACCGGGUGCAGUGCACAAGCUAGCAAUGGCUAAAGAUCCAUCCAUUCAGGCGUUCCUCCAAAACGACAAAGCCAUGUCCACUUUCCGCUCCGUGGUCGACAACCCCACACACUAUCACAGCCACAAGACGCUGCUGGAGCCAGUUUUGGUCUAUCUGGCGAGCUUGGACAAAGUUGGUGCUGAACCACGGGAUGUGCUUACACCGACAGAACACAUCAAGGACUUGUACGAGGCUGCGAGGAUGGGAGACCUGACGAAGAUUCAAGCAUGUGUUGAAAAUGGAGCGGAUGUCAACUGUCUCGGCGAGUUGGGAGAGACGCCGCUCCACUGGGCCGCAUGGACCGGCCACUUGGACGUCGUCAUGGAUCUGAUCGAAAAAGGUGCCAUCGUCGAUGCGACUGAUAAUGAUGGAGAGACACCACUGGAUUGGGCAUCGAUCAAUGGCCACGCCGAAGUUGUCCAGAUCCUGGUUGAGAAGGGCGCCAGUGUCAAUGCAGUAUGUGAUAUCGGAUGGACGCCACUCCACCAUGCAGCACUGAAUGGACACGAGGACACUGUGAUGGUUCUUCACGAGAAGGUCGCCACGAUAGACGUUACUGACGAAAAUGGCGAGACACCGCUUCACGUUGUGUUAAAGAACGGCCGCGUCAACGUUGUCGUGAAACUGUUGGAAGCAGGGGCUGAUUUGUUGCUACAUCAAAGGAUGAAAAGACUCCCCGAGACUCUGCUGCAUCUGCGAAUAACACCACCAUUGUGGAUGCCCUGGACCAAUGAUCGUGCUUUGAUGCAUUUUUGUGCCGGAGAUGUCAUUGUGGCUGAGAAAUACGCGACUUUGGUAACCACUGCAUUGAAAGUCGACAAGUCUGCGGUCGCUUGGAUUGGGGAAUCGUUGUACUACCGUGGCCACAUGGAACAAGCGCUUGUGGCGUUUGAAACGGGCCAAAAAAUCGAUUCAAGCGAUAUCGAUUGCGUCGUGGGAAGAGAAGACGUCAGGGACACGAUCCAAGUGGCGACCGCAUUUCGACAGAAUGACUUGUUUCCCACGCUUGCAAUAGACCAAAAAAUGCGUGACUACUUGAGGGACAAGGCAUUUGCAUCCCUUAUAAAAUCGGUUCAAGCCAAUCCGACCCUCUAUGACAAGACAAACGAGCGGUUGGCCGACUUGUUUCAAUUCCUCCAGAACCUCCACAAAACGACAGAGCGUGCGCCAACUCCCAUGCAACAACCAUCUCGUGCACCACCACCCCCAGUGACGUCGUCGACCUCGGACGCUCCUAUCACCACCUUGCCCGCUCAUGCAUCCUUGGCAGAACUCGCAAAUUAUCUCCGUCUUCCAGGUUGUCCUCUCGUCGAUACGUAG